ACUCUAUAAGCAAUAAGCAGUUUUGUUUAGGUGUCCGAAAGCAUCGUGUACAGAAAUUUCGAUGAGGUGCAUAUAAACUCAUCACAAUUCAAAGAGGGCCAAUUUUAUUUAAGAUAUACCAAACUAUAAUAGCUUAAUACGCUAUACUAGAAGGUUUAUAAAAAAUUUUUUUGUUAAAACUUUAUAUUAAAUUAAAGAGAUUUUAAUAAAUAGUGUGUGUGUAUUUUUUUCGUGUUUAACAUACGAUUAAAUUAUAGCUCAAGUUUUGAUUAUUCAAAAUAAAUUUAAUUGUAAAAAAAUGAAAAUAGUACAAAUGCAUUUCUUAGAGUAAUGAAGAUUAAAUUAAUUCUCAUACUGUUAUUUUUUGCUGCAAUGUCGGCAAACUGCAGUGGGACAUUGAUUAUAGUUGAUAAAUUACGAAAAAAAGCAUUGGAAAUUACACUCAAAAGUCCAAUUUGCCGUAUUUAUAAUAACAGGAAUGACAUACAAGUGCUUUUGAAAACAAAUCCUUUAUUUGUUUAUGAAUCAAUGUAUGUUGAAUCAGUAGAGUUGUUCUAUAAAAUAUGCAAAGGUACACAACAAGGCCCGUGUCAAAAUAUUGAGUUCAUAUAUCCAGGAACAAAAUGGUGUGGGCCAGGUAAUAUUGCUAAAAAUUAUUCAGAUCUGGGAGUUUAUCGUGAUGAAGAUAUUUGUUGUCGAGAACAUGAUCAUUGUACCAGAACUUUAGAAACUGGUCAAUGUUAUUUCAAUCUUUGUAAUACUUCUCCUUAUACUAGAUCUCAUUGCGAAUGCGAUGGAAAAUUUCAGCAAUGUUUAAACAAAGUCAAUACAUCCACUGCUCACACAUUGGGUGUCAUAUUUUUUAAUAUAGUAAAAGUGAUGUGCUUUAAAGAAGAAUGUCUGUUUGGGGGAUGUAUCCAAAAGUUUGAAAUAAUACCAAAUUAUCAUCAACAAGGUAGAAGUAUGGAUAUCCUGACCACAGAUCAUCUAUUCAAUAUUUUUACAAAAAUUGUAAUGGAUUUUGUGCGUUAUGCAUUAAAAUGAAUGUAUACUUAUUUAAUUUUUAAACGAUUUAAUACACUGGUCAUUUACUAUAUCAUUAUUAUCAUUUAUUUUAUUACAUUAUACAAUAUACACGUUAUUAAAACAUAAUAGUAUUUUUAAAUAAUAAAAAUAUCUACUAUAUUGUUAAGAAAUUGUACCCGUAGUUUGUACUGUCUAUACAAAUAAAUGACAAAUAAUUUAAUAUAUUUUUGGGAUUCUUCGCAUUCAUUAUAAUUUACAAUCCAGCUGAAUACUUUUGAAAAUCAUAGAAGAUGCAUCUGUCACUAUCUAAUUCCGGGCGGAUAGAUGUUUAGUAGUGUUUCAUUUUUUUAAAUUAAUUUAAAAAACUCAAUCUUUUGUAAUUUCCAUUCGAAAAAAACUAAAAAAAUUAGUUGU